ACGUUGCCGCCUGUGUGCGUUCAGACGCAGCCGCUCGGACGCGCCUGUCAUCUGGAGGAAACUCCUCCCCGCAGUCAGCGCGUCCUGUCGCCUUUUCCAGCGCAAUGGUCUCCUGGAUCAUCUCUAGACUUGUGGUGCUGCAGCUCAAGAGGAUCAGGGACAAAACUGUAUUACUUGUGUUUGGUACACUAUAUCCUGCAUACUCAUCUUAUAAAGCUGUGAAGUCAAAAGAUGUGAAAGAAUAUGUGAAAUGGAUGAUGUACUGGAUAAUAUUUGCCCUAUUCACGACUGUGGAAGUAUUUACAGAUAUGUUUCUUUGUUGGCUUCCGUUCUACUAUGAACUGAAGAUAGCCAUUGUGGUGUGGCUGCUGUCCCCUUACACUAAAGGCUCCAGUGUGCUAUACAGGAAAUUUGUUCAUCCCACGCUUUCCUCAAAAGAAAAGGACAUUGAUGACUAUAUUGGACAAGCGAAGGACAAAAGCUAUGACACACUGGUGCAUUUUGGAAGAAAAGGGCUGAAUGUUGCAGCCACAGCCGCAGUCAUGGCUGCAACAAAGAGCCAAGGGGUCCUGUCAGACAGACUGAGGAGUUUCAGCAUGCAGGAUCUGUCUUCCUAUCAGUCUGACCCUGUUAACACCGGCCCCGGCGUUACACAGCCUGCACCAACGCAGCAUCGGACCAAAACUAUGAUGCGCAGCAAAUCAGAGAGCUACAACAAGGGUACAGGGCAGGAUUUUGACAUUGCUGACUAUGAAGUGUUGGGGUUAAACCAAUGGGACUCCACGGGGUUACUGUCCCAGGACAUUUCACCAUCUGAGUCUGAGUCCACACCCAUUACGCUUUCACUGACACCCCAGUCUUCCCCACCUUCCACACCCUCUCCACCUCCCACUCCUCCAGCUCCGGAGAAGCUUGAGGAGAUGGGUAAAGGGGUGCAGACAGCAACAAGCUCUCCACAGCUCAGGCUGAUUAAGAGGAAGGCUCCUGAGCCACCUCUUAGAGUCUUAAGGCCUCUGACAAGAUCCAGGAGUGCUCUUUCUUCGAACAAUGAAGCCAUGUGAAACUAGUCCUAAAGACUACUCCAGCUGCCUUUGCUGCAAGAAGUGAAAAUACUGAAUGGCCAAAAUCUACAUGACUGAAGCAGCCUUGCUUUGGAAAAAGGUAUUACCAAAGUGACCUAUGAUGACCCCUCUAUAUUAGUAUAUAGCUCGUGGCUCACGAUAAAAAUAAAAAUGAGGUUUGUGACAUCGAGAUAGAUUGAGUUAAAUGAAUGAAUGGGCUCCAUGCUGAUAAUGACAUUUUAAGUUUGUGGGUUAUUGAAUAUGUAUUUAUGUACAGUUUGUGUGUACUUCAUCUUUCUGAUUUGUUUUUAUAUAUCAGGUUUGGGUAGGCAAUUGCAUGUGUGUCUUCCUAGUCAUUAGUCCGCUGGUUAUUAAACAGAAUGUACUCUCACUGAAUACUACAGCUGGCAUUGAGAGUGACAGAGAAUGUGUUAAAAGCCAAGGAUCGAAAGAAAAGGCAUGGCUGUUUUCACCCCUCAUUCAAUCUGUUGUGGAGAAACGUGUGAGAAUUCUGCACUGAUUAAUUAUCAUGUCAUGGUAUUGAGAAAUCAGUCGAUUCCCCAAAAAACAUAUUCUAGAUAUGAGAUAAGACAACCUUCCUUUGUAGUAAUGAAGUCAGACAGCAGUGGCAGACAACAUUCUGUUAUUUACCUCUUGAUUAAAGCCUUAAAGAAAGACAGACACUAAAAUAUAAAAUGUCUCCUCGUGUGAUUCAAGUAACACAACUAUGUUUUCAUUAAACAAUAAUUUUGCACUAUGUUUAAAAUAUAAAAUCACUGCUCUCAUUACUCUGAAAUGUCCAAAAAUGACUAAAAUAAAUAACAAACUAGUAGCUGAAUAUCAUCACCACAAUUUUUUUUUUAUCAUUACUGCAUAUUCCCUGUGUGGUAAAGAAUGUCUUACUUGUGUAACAAGUAACAGCAGUCGCAUCACAGAUACAUGAAAUAAAUCACAAGAGGUUGUCUCAGUGGAGCAGACUGUUUUUGACAAUCUACUGUUCAGUUUGUAUGCACAAUUAAUUGACAUUUUAUUUGGCAAUUUAAAGCCAAUUUGGAAUAUGUCACUUUCAGCUGUAGCAGAAAUAAAAUAUAACACGAGUAAAUAUUUACUGUAUAUAAACAUGGCUCUGUUUCCAUGUUUGAAAUCACUGUGUAAUGCUCUGCUGUUAACUGAGCAACACUAAACCCAAUGAUCUUACCUUCUACUCGCUUCUUUUAUUUUUUAGGAAUUUCAUUAGAGUGACUUUAUUGGUUUACAAACUCACAUUUAACUUAAUAUUGCGUGGCGAUACACUGUAUGUUUUCAUCCUGUACUUUCAUUCACUGAGCCUGAAUUAUAGCAACAUUUUAAAAGUAUCACACAAAAUGUUGGCUGUCGAUGGGUGGACUUGCGCAGUGGAUUUAUACUUUUCAUCAUUGUAUCUGUAUCAUUUACGGCGGUUUGAAGUUUGAAACAAAAGCUUCUCAGGUACAACUGUUCUGUUUACACUGUCAUUCACUCUGAUGUUGUAGAUAGACUUGUUAUGCACAUGAAAUGUCCUUUAAGUGGAUAAAUGGUGAAAAAAAUCAGAUUGUGUUUCUGCGUUAGUAGUAUCAGUGUUAGUGUUGGAGGUGAUUUCCUUCUAUUGAAAUACAUGCAAAGUAAAAUGGAGAAAAAAAAACAUGUUGCUAAGUAGCAGAUUUGUAUACUUGUAUGUAGACUGAUAAACUCAUCACUGCAUGAUGUUUGUUAUGAAUUUGUAUGAAAUAUGGAUUUCUUAAAUGAUUCUGUGUGAAGCUGUCGGCCUCUUCAUGAUGCCUUGCUGGUAAACGAUGAAUUCUUUUUUGUCAUUUGCAGUUGCUUUGUAGUGAGAAUAUAAAAAUGUUAUGAUGAUGCGUACAUGUUGGCUAUACAGAUAUAUGAAUAACAUGUCUUAUUUACUGAUCAAUUAACCACUUUGACUUAUUCCAUGAAGAGACACCACUUUACUAAGUUAUCCUAAGAAUUUUUGUUCUGGCAGGCCAGAAUGUCAAAUUAAUUCAAUCUCAACUUGAUUGUGAAUUAUAAAACAAAAAGCGGUGAAGUGAUGACAUGAUGGUUUAUGGCAAUUUAUCGUCCUACUACGUUAAAUAUUUCUGUUUAAAUCAAUUUACAUCCAUUAAAUAUGAAGCAAAA